GAAAAGAGUUCAUAAUAUUACUAUUUUUUCGUUUAAAGGAUAUUUAAUCAAAUGCAUAUCGGUAAAUACUUAACUCUUGCACUUGUCAGUGCCACUGCUAUUGCUGCCCAAAGUCAAGCCAGCAAUCGCACAACUACUCAAGGACGUAAUGGAACAACUACUAAAGGUCGUAAUGGAACAACUGCUGGUACUGCUAAUAGUACCAUCUAUGAACUUUUGACUGCCCCCAACAAUCAUUUGAAUACAUCCAAGUUUGUGAGUCUAGUCACUUCUGACUCGGGCUAUAAACCUAUUGUUGAUCUCUUGCAAAAACCUGGUAACCUUACAGCCUUUGUACCCAACGACAAAAUUCUUACCAAGAUCCUCGGCGUAUGGAAGGCCUACGCCAAAGCUAAUAAGCUCAACUCUACAGGCGAAUAUCCCCCUGCUAACAUGUCCUUUAAUAAUAUCACAAUCUCUGAUCUCCUGUCCUACCACGUUGUUGGCGAAAGAGUCAAUUUAACCAAUUUGACUGAUAGUAAUGUUUCUCUCAGUGUUGUCCACUCUUUGGCUAACCAAUCCAAUAUUGCCUUCUUUAACGGUUCCGGUUUGCCUAUUCUUAUUGAAAAUAAUGCUACCUGGGAGCAAUUCCAUAACCAGACAUGGAUGAAGGCUAAUAGCUCUUAUCUUCAAUAUGAGGUUGGAAACGGUGUAAAUGAUACUGAAGUCCUUGUCAAGGAUCUUAAUGCUACUAAUGGUUUCUUAAACAUUAUUGCAUCUGUUUUGAUCCCUCCCAUGAAGCCAAGCGUUGUAAUCGAUCAAGUAGAUGAUCUUGAUUCUUUUGAAGAUUGGAUUAAGCAAUAUCCUUCUAUUAAUAACACCUUGAACAACUCAACCAACUUCACUCUUUUCGCACCCACUUCCGAAGCCCUAAAGAAGGUUGACUUCCAGAACAUGAACAAUGAUACUGUUGAAGCUUUGUUUAUGAACCAUUUUAUCCCUGGUGUUUACUUCACUCCCAAUAUCACUGCUAAUGCACUUACCAAUGAUGGUAACACAAACUUUACUUCUUUCAGUAAUGUUACCUUCCCUGCUUACUUUAACUCUACCUCUGGAAAUAUCACCUUGAAUGACACUACCAACAUUGUUCACCCCAAUAUUUUCUUCAAUAAUGGUGUAAUGCAUGUGAUUGAUAAUAUCAUCAACUCUACCAGCGCCAAUGCUAAUGUCACAGAAACUGGUGCAGCUGGUCCUUCUAGUACUGCUACUGAUGUCUCUACAGAUCCUGCUGCUACCCCAACCGAUGGUGGCGCCACUCCAACCGACCAGACUGAUCCUAAUGGUCAAACCGAUCCUAAUGGUCAAACCGAUCCUAAUGGUCAAACCGAUCCUAAUGGUCAAACCGACCAAGGUGGACAAACCGAUCAAGGCGGACAAACCAAUCAAGGUGGUCAACCUGACCAAAACGGUCAACCCGAUCAAGGCGGACAACCUGAUCAAGCCGGUCCAACUGCUACUGAAGUUGUAACAGCUGCUCCUACAGAUAUGGUUACCGAAAUUGUAACUGCCACCGCUUAAUCUUUUCCCUUUUUUUUUUCUUUAUAAAUAUAGUACAUACACCCCCCGUAAAUAGCAC